UGUCCACUUCUCCAAGGGUAGAGCCGCUCAGUGCACGUCAGUAGGCGUGUGGAGAGCGGUCGCUACGUUGGUUCCUCGCGUAAAAUAACGCACAAAGUUGCCGGUGCAUCUGAAGUACAGUAUUUUUUUUUAAAGACAAGACCAGAAUGCGUAUUUUAAGACUGACGGUAUUUACGCAAGGAUUACAACUUAUAAGAAAGAAUUCAUCAGACAUGAGUGGGAAUGCAGAUUUCAAAUCAGCCAAAUCGAUUUAUGAUUUCACGGCGAAUUCAAUUAAAGGGGAAGAGGUUCCUUUGUCCAAAUACGAGGGACAUGUUUGCUUAAUUGUCAAUGUGGCGUCUAAAUGUGGCUUAACACCUACCAACUAUAAAGAAUUGAACGAGCUGUACGACAAAUAUGGAGAUUCACACGGUCUGCGUAUCUUGGCAUUCCCUUGCAACCAAUUCAAUGGACAAGAGCCUGGAAACAGUGAAGAUAUUUGCAGCUUCGCGGAUCGUCAAAAGGUGAAAUUCGAUCUGUUCGAAAAAGUGAACGUCAAUGGGGACGAUGCUCAUCCACUAUGGAAAUACUUGAAGAAGGAGCAAGGAGGCACCCUGGGAAGCUUUAUCAAAUGGAAUUUCACCAAAUUCAUCGUUAACAAGGAGGGGAAGGUCGUCGAACGACACGGCCCAAACGUGGACCCAAACAAACUGGGAGCCAACCUGGAGAAAUACUUUUAAACAUUAUCCACACGUUAAAUACCGAUAUUUAUCACGCUUAUAACUUUCAUAAACCUUAGACAGAGUAUCGUAUAUCCAUAACUAAGCACGAGGCUUUUUUGCCGUUGAUAUGGCCGGGCCGAAUAAACGUAUCUAUCGAUAUUAGUGAUUUUUACAAUGUACGUAUAAUUGAAAAUAUACGGCACGUAAUGUACGCUUCUUAAUUCGAAAA